GCCUUACCAACAUCCAAACAAAAUGGAUUCUAGGGUGGUUGUAAAGAUUUCACAGCGGAGCGAUGUUAUAACCCCGCACCGUCUCACAGUUGCCAUAUUGAUAAGGGAAUUCUGCUUAAUCCGAGAAACAAAAGAAGUAUGUCGGAAGACGAUCAGGGACUUUUGCAUCCUCUCGCUGCAGCUCAUCCAGAGCCCCGAUUUAACCCUGGACGAGCUGAGGAGUUCCAUCAAUGAGAUGGUCUUCAAUCCUGAUACGGAUCUACUGAAAAAGAAAUUCGAUGCUGUUAUUAGCGACAUACAGGAGGUUGGUGUCAGAUAUCUGCUGGAUAUAAUUGAAUCUUUUGGCACUCUCAUCGCUGUGCAUCCUGGUUUAGGGAAAUUCGUUUCUGUGAACAAGAACAGCGUUAUUGGUUAUUAUUUGAGGAGAUUCACUGUGUCCUUCGAUAGAUUGUCGUUUUCUGAGGUUACCACUUUCUGUGAAUCCUAUAAGAGGUACGCAAGUGGAUGGAACAAGACUCAGAGCAUUGCCACGAGUGAAACAGGGAACACCCUGUCAAGCAAAACAAAAGAACCACAGCUUAAUGAAAGUGAUGGAAAUUCGUCGAGAGAAUGGUCUAGGAGACAGGCGGAAUUGUUCAUCGCUACACAAAGUAGUUUAAUUCUGAACAAUGAAGAAAGAGCGAUGAGUCCGAAGGAGCUGCACGAAAACAUCAAAAGUCUCCUCAAAUCCAACAGAUCACUCGCGGAAGCGCACUUCUUGAAUUACCUGAACUAUAUGAGAGUCAAAGAGUAUUGCGGCGCGAUCGAGAGUCUCUACCAUUGCUUCGAUAGAUGCGCCGAUGUUAAUCCCAUGUGCAGCUCUGAAGAUAAAACGAAAAGUUACAGAUACGCCACAUUGAAUCUCGCUAUUUUGCAGUACAAAUUUGGGCAUAGGGAGGAAGCUUUGUCCGCUCUGGAGGAAGCAAUUAAGAUAGCUCAAGCUGCUGGAGAUAAUGUCUGCUUGCAGCACGCUCUCUCAUGGCUCUACUGCUUGAUACAAACCAACAGACACAAAUUAAUGGAGCACUCGAUUCUGAAGAGUUUGGAUCUGAAUUUGUCGUAUAUUAUGUCGUUGGGAAUCCAAUCUUUCAUCCAGUACGCCGGAUUCACGAAAGGAAAUCCUAAACAGGCAUUAGAUACUAUAACCAAGAGCGAUAUAGUGAAUUGCCAGCAGAGCUACAGGGAUCUGAUUUCGAGCAGUUACGCGCAGAAAUCGGCGAUCUGGUUGUUCUAUGGAAAAACGGAGAUGUCUUCGCUAUGGAGCCAACUGCUGCUGUACCUGAACACGGAUAAUCCGACCAUCCUCAAGACGCAUUACGGUGAAGGCUAUUGUCAAGCUAUCUGUAGCAUGGCGUGUCAUCUUCAUCUGGAAGGAGAAUACACCAUAGCAAAGACCGUGAUCGGCUUCGCCAAAGAGCGAUUCCCCAACGAACCUAACUCGCACACGUGGAUGCUCUGCGAUAAUCUGAUGUACUUCCAGCAGUUGAUCUACAACGAGAAGUUGUCAGAGGCUGAGAACGUGGCUGCAAGGAUCGGAGUGGUCAACAAGUGGGAGAGUUGUCUUCGCAUGGCCGAAAUCCUCAUCCAUCGGCGUGAUUACAAAGAGGCGCACAAAUGCGUCAACCGAAUCCUGGAGAAGUUCAAAGAUGGAACGCAGCAAUUUCGCAUGGAUUUCCAAGUGAGAGCUAUGAUCCUCUUAUCCGAAAUCCAAAUUGGUACUCAGUAUCCGGAUGCUGCGAUGCCCGGUAUCCUCGGAUUACUCAACUCCACUUUAGCUUACGCCAACGAUUACCACCUCAAGUACUUGGCUUCCGUAGCGCAACUUUACAUAGCUCACGUCCAACUCCUGAUGGGAAUGUCUACUCAAGCUUUAAGCAUUUUGGAUAGAUGUUUAGUGCAGAUCUUGGCGCACGGUGGAUGCUACGAUAGAGCCAGAGCUAUGCUCCUCUACGUUAAGUGUCUGAUAGCCGAAGCUGGUAAUAAAGAGGCGGAUGAACGGAAAGCUGAUAUUCUGCAAGGUAUAGAUUUACUGAAGAACGUCAAGAGGAAUUUCGAGAAAGUUGAAGCUUUCUACAGGGUCAAAGACGUCCUUUAUCUGCAGUCUCAGUUAUACAACGAGAUCGAUAUGACGAAGGAGCGAAAUCAAUGCGCGCUCGAGUUUAAUUCAAUGAGCGACAGUUUUCCGAACAUCAACAAUAGCACUUUACUAAUUUCUCUAUAAGUUUGUACAUACACAAUUAAUUACAUAAUAAAUUAUACAUUUUCAUAUACAUUUAAUACGCAUCCACUCUAGCUGUGAUGUGAGUACACUGCUUUUCGUUAUUUCAUUUUCAAACUGAUAGUAUUACAUCAAUAAACGAAUCACUAGAUUAUCUAAAUUAUCAUUCUUGAAUGAGAUUCAUUACGCAAUCAUUUUCUAAAUAAUUAGACUAUAAUAUACGAUCGUGUAUGUUUGGUUGCAGAUACUAGUGAUUAAGCGCUCAAUUUCAGCCAAACUGUUGAAACUAUAGCAACAAUUGAAUACUCACUACAUUCCGCAAAUAUCCUAAUU